CUCUGCCCCCUCCCUCCCUCCCUCCGAGCUAGCAGCAGCAGAAGCCUUCGCUCUUCCACCACUCCAUCCAUCCAUUCCAGCAGGAGCACGAGCUCUCUCCCCACUUCUCCCCGUCCGUCCGUCGCUGCUGCCUUUUCCCUCCCCCUCCUCUGCGCUCCUAGGUUAGGAGUAGGGGCUUUUCAAAGGAGAGAGCAAAAGAGAAAGUCCUUGCAUACCCCAACAAGGCAACCCGCUGCUGCCUUUUUCUCCCUCCCCUCCCCUCCCCUCCCCCCUUCUCUCUCUCCACCCUCUCUGCUUUCUUGUUAUCUUCAGCCCAGCCAACGAGAGCAGAGCAGAGCAGACCAGAGAGAGGCUAGAGGUGGACCGAAACAUCGGACACCAAGCAGGGAGGAAGGAAAGACGGCGGGCAUGUGGGAUCUCAAUGACUCGCCGGCCGCCGAGGCGCCGCCGCUGUCCCCCUCCGUCGACGACUCCGGCGCCUCCUCCUCGUCCGCCGCCGCGGUCGUCGAGAUACCCGACGACGCCGACGACGACUCCGCCGAGGCCGUCGUCACGCGCCAGUUCUUCCCCCCGGCCGCCCCGGGCGAGGCCGCCGCCGGGAACGGCCGCGCCGCGUGGCUCCGCCUGGCCGGCGCCCCCGCGCCCGCCGUGGCCGCAGCAGCCGCCGGAGCAGGAGCAGCAGGAGGCCCCGCGGCUGCGGCGGCGGCCAAGAAGAGCCGGCGCGGGCCGCGGUCGCGCAGCUCGCAGUACCGCGGCGUCACCUUCUACCGCCGGACGGGGCGGUGGGAGUCGCACAUAUGGGAUUGCGGCAAGCAGGUCUAUCUGGGAGGAUUCGACACUGCUCAUGCGGCGGCUCGGGCGUACGAUCGGGCGGCGAUCAAGUUCCGCGGCAUGGAGGCCGACAUCAACUUCAGCCUGGAGGAUUACGACGACAUCAAGCAGAUGGGCAACCUGACCAAGGAGGAGUUCGUCCACGUGCUCCGGCGGCAGAGCACGGGGUUCCCCCGGGGGAGCUCCAAGUACAGGGGCGUCACGCUCCACAAGUGCGGCAGGUGGGAGGCGAGGAUGGGCCAGUUCCUCGGCAAGAAGUACGUCUACUUGGGGCUGUUCGAUACCGAGGAGGAAGCCGCCAGGUCGUACGACCGCGCUGCCAUCAAGUGCAACGGCAAGGAUGCGGUGACAAACUUCGAUCCCAGCACCUACGCCGAGGAGUUCGAGCCAGCGGCCUCGACGGGCGACGCGGAGCAGAACCUGGACCUGUCGCUGGGGAGCUCGGGGGGGUCCAACAAGAGGGGCAGCCUCGACGGCGGCGGCGGCGACGACGAGGGCGCGGCGGGGUCCGACCAGCGCGUGCCCAUGGCCUUCGAGCUCGACUGGCAGACGGCGCGGAGCACCAAGGCCAAGUUCGACCAGAACUCGCCGCAUCGCCAGAUGCCCCCUCCCGCCCUGCAAGCCUCCCACAUGGCCUUCAGCCCCAGGCAGCACCAAUUCAUGGGCAGCGCCGAUCCGGGGACCGCGGGGGGCCUGUCGCUGACGGUCGGCGCCGGCGCCGGCGGGUUGGCCGGGCACUGGCCUCCGCACCACCAAUACCAGCCGCCGCCGCCGCCGCCGCCUCCGCAGCAGCAGCAGAGGAUGCACGGCUGGGGCAACGUCGUGCCCGGCAGGAGCUGGCAGCCGCCUCAGCCGCCGCCGCACCACCAGGCGGGUCCGCCGCCGAACAACGCUGCCGCCGCCGCAGCAGCAGCUGCAGCAUCAUCACGAUUCCCACCCUACAUCGCCGCGCAGGCGCAGAGCUGGCUCCAGAAGAACGGCUUCCACUCCCUGGCCAGACCCACCUAAGCUUGCCAGCUCCACCACCGCGCACCGCGUUCAUCCACCAUCCAUGGCGAAGAUCGGUCCACCGAACCAGGCGAGAUCACGGAGGAGCAUGGGCGUUUCCUCAGAGCCCACAACCAUUACCACCACAACUCAA